AUUAAAAAAAAAUAGACGUCAAAUUUCAGAAAAUUAAUUAAAAUGUGUUAAAUAAAUACUGUUAAUAAAUUAUAAAAUGGACCUUGCAUAAAAUUUCACUAAACCAUCCCUGGAAAAUAUGCCAAUUGGUCGUAGUAGAAGCGGCAGCCGUAGCCCGAAGACACCGUACUCCAGGGCCGAAAGGCAAGCGCCGUCACGGGCGCCACCGAUCAUCGUUCAGCCGCAACGUUCGGUGUUCCGCGAUGCUGCUGCUGUGGCGGGCGGCGUAACUGUCGGGACCACCAUGGGUCACAUAGCGGGUGAGGCUAUCAGUAGCCUGUUUAGCGGUCGCCGGCGCCAGGAGGUGGUAGAGGUGCUUCCCCGCAACUAUUCCAUGGAGCAGCCGCCGUCCGGCCCCUGCGCCUACGAGAUCGCCACGUUUCUCAACUGCGCGGCGGACCACCAGGACCUGGGUGAAUGCGCUGCUUUCAAUGAGGCGCUUAAGCAGUGCAAGAAGCGACAUGGUCUAAACUGAGGCCGAGUGACAUACUUCUGCAGUUAUCCAUCACCUAUCUAAUACUAAAUCAGUUUUAAUGGUUUAUCCCAAAUAAAACCUAUAACACCGCAAUAAAAAAAUAAA